AGCUACAGACGUGGUUGUACGUAAAGCAAGUUUGCUAUUUUCGGGCAGAAAACAACUGGUCUUUAAGAUGGAUAGCUACUUGGGCUUAGCACAAAGCAAGGUGAAGCCACGUAGCGUGGUGGACGCAUUUUCGAACCGAACAGCAACGAUAAAAAAGAGACCACCACGCCCGGCAGGUACAACCUCGAGACCCAUAUCGACCUCCUCAGUCGUAAUCGACGCAGCCGCCCAGUUUCGUUAUCUACAGGAAGAACAUCGAUUGUUGUUAGAAAAGUACAAAAAACUCGAGGCAAGCUAUUUAUCGUUGGAAGGCGAGUACGCGAAAGUGAAAUCGGAAAAGGAAAACCUCCAGAGUGCGUACGAAGAGCUACAGGAAAGCUACAAUAACGUGACAGCAAAGAAUUUUAACGCAGGCAAACUGUUGGUGUACCUAAAACUGAAGCGCCGAACCGACAAAGAAACGCUGGAGAAGCGUAACAUCAUCAAGAAUGAAGCUUGCUUCAACACCUACCUGCAGGAUGUCGUUUUGCUGGACCAUCCGCGAAUACCGCGCGUCAUACACGAAUGCAUCACGGUACUGGAAUCGAACGACAAGUUUAUGAAGAGUCCUGGCCUGUACCGUGUGUCGGGUGAUCAUAAUGCAAUACAGAACCUGCGAUACGACAUCAAUGCGAACAACUACAAACGAUUGCACAAGCAAAAAUCUCCGCACGAAGUUUGUGGCAUACUGAAGCUGUUCCUGCGCGAGCUAAAGGAUCCUUUAAUAUCACUGGAACAAUGUGCAAAGCAUAUACCGGAUGUGAUACAAAUGAAAAUCAACACGCGGUCUAAAGUAGUACAGCUGAUCAAAAGUUUGGAUGAAGUCAGGCAAAAUACGCUCAAAGUACUCAUGAAACAUCUUCGGAAUGUCGCAGCAAUAGAGGAAAACGAAGUGGACGCUUUCAGCUUGGGACUGCUGUUUAGUUCACUCAUCUUCAACGAAACACUGGCCGACGUGUGUCCGGUAAAGUUUCAAAAAUUGACUAUGUUUUAUUGGAUUGCCGCGUUUGUUGUGAUGGCCGCCGUAAUGGCAGUGUUGGACUGGAAGUUGAAAGCCUACGAAAAUCUUCCGGGUCCCAGACGAUGGCCUUUCAUCGGUAACGUAGUUUCCUUUCUUGGUGCUGGUCCGGUGGAAAUAUUUGAUCAACUUAUCGCAUUCGCGGCUACUUACGGGAAGGUUUACAAGUUGGACUUUUUCUACGACUAUACCAUCGUUUAUUCCUCACCCGAAGCAGCCGAGGCCAUUCUAAACUCUCCCACGUUUGCUGCCAAAUCACAAGACUACGAUAAGGUUUCAGAAUGGAUUGGCAACGGAUUGCUAAUCUCCCGGGGACAGAAAUGGUUCACCCACCGGAAAGUAAUCACCCCUGGCUUUCAUUUCAAAAUUUUGGAAAACUUUGUACCCGUGUUUAACCGGCAAGCCGAAGCAUUCUGUGCAAAGAUGGAAAGAUUAACAGAAGGAUUCUCCGGGGAAGCUAUUAACAUCUUUCCCGAACUAAAACUGCUUACCCUGGGAAUCAUCUGUGAGACGGCCAUGGGUGUUGAGAUGGAUGGCAAAAAGCAUGACACCCAGCAAGCCUACUACACACAGAUCGUGGAAGAGCUGAGUUCCAUCCUGUACUGGCGGAUGUUUAAUGUGUUCGUUAACGUUGAUGCACUGUUCCGUCUGACCAGCACCAGUCGGCGUUUCGACGAGCUGGUAAAAAAAUCGUGGAACUUUACGCUGGACAUGAUCGAUAAAAGGCGUAAGAUCAAUCAGCUGGAGGAGGAGAAAACAGACGGCAGCGGAGAGUUGAAAGAGGAUGAGUAUUUUGGUAAACGGAAGCGGGCGCUGCUGGACACGUUACUGGAGGCUCGUAUCGAUGGUAAACCUCUGACGGAUGAAGAAAUUCGCGAGGAGGUGGACACGUUUACAUUUGCGGGACAUGAUACAACUGCAUCGGCCAUGACAUUUAUACUGUACAACGUAGCAAAGCAUUCAAUGGUACAGGAAAGGAUAUAUCAAGAAAUAGUGAAUGAAAUAGGUACCGACUUUGGUGAACUAACGCUGAACUCACUGAACAAUCUGCACUACAUGGAGCUGGCUAUCAAGGAAUCACUUCGACUGUUUCCACCCGUCCCUGUGAUAGCACGCAUUGCAACCGGCGACACACAACUGCUUUCGGCACGGAUAACACGCGGCACGAGUGUCGCGAUUGACAUCUUUACGAUGCACCAUAGCUCGGACUACUUCCCCGACGCGGAACGGUUCGAUCCGGAAAGGUUUGAAAGUGCGCGCGAUACACAGACUUUUAAUCCCUACACGUACAUUCCGUUUAGUGCUGGCAGUCGGAAUUGUAUCGGGCAAAAGUUUGCUCAGUACGAGCUGAAAACUACGCUCGUAAAGCUGCUACAACGAUUCCAGAUACGGCUGGCCGAUGCGAACUAUGUGCCGACAUUAAAGGCGGAGAUUGUGUUGAAACCGGCGGAAGGACUGCCACUAAAGUUUAUCAGAAGAGUGAUUUAAAUCGCUUA